AUGUGCUUGGUUUUGAGAAAAUCAGAACUCUACAGAUUAGUAAUAGUAAUAAUUACCAUGUUUAUUUUAUGUUUACCUGAAUUUUUCAAAGUCCAUGAAGCUAACACUUUAGUUGUAUCAUGCAGGGAUACCUGUUCAUUAAAUAAUACCACUUUUCCACUAUGUACUUUUAACAAUUCUUGCAAAAGCUCCCUGCAACAAAGAAGAAAGAAUCAGACUAUUUUACUGAAAGCCACUGUAAAUCAUCCCAGUUUCCAAAAUAUUCCAUGUAUUUGCCAAUCCUCCAGCAACGAACAACUAUCACAUACUAUGUACUCAGAGUGUGAAUCCAAGAGAAAGAGGAAUGUUGUUCCCCAAAGAUCAAGAUCCGUAGUUAAAAAAAUUCCAAAAGCAAAAGGCUCCUCUGAAGUGAAAACAGAAGAUGUUGUGUAUUUUUAUAAAUAUUUCAAUUUCACUGUGCUUCCGGAGAAUGAAGAAGAGCCUAAUACUUACUACAUGCUGGAAGUCCACAUCAACAAUUCUAUAGUCAGAGGAAGAAAUGCAGCUGAAGAAUACCUAAAUCACUCCUGUCUAGUGGCAAUGGUGGAAGACCAAAAUGACUGUAUAAAUAUUUCACUGCAGCUGAAGUCUUACAUGGAAUAUCCCAUGUGUAUGACGAAGAUCAUAUGGCUCAGUAUGAUUCCAUUAGUUUUUGUGUUCACUGUUUCAAUUGUUGUCUACAAAAUCGUCCAAGAAAAAGAACAAAACUAUUGUAAACACAGAGUAGCAGCAGCAGUUUCAACCAUUCUAAGAAAAAGAGGUUCUAGACAUGCAAGAAGAACUGUAUCUGCUACUAAAACUCAUCUUUUUCCUGUGGAGAGCAACAAACAACCGACUGCACUUACUGCACAGACCACAGGGAUAUUGCCUAUAAUUCCUGAACAAGAACAUUGCCAUAUGGGUGCAUCAAGUGUAGAAGUUUCAGGCGUCACUAUAUGAAACAUGAUCAAUGCCGUAUGAAAGAAGAAACAUAAUAUACCACAGAAGAAAGCAUCUUCAUUUCCAGUACAGUUGGGGAGCUAUGCUAUUCAUCUUUUCCUGAGAAUGCCAACUCUGUAUUUUAGAAGCUAUAUUAAGAAGC